CUGAGUGUUGCAACAUGCUCUGGGUUGUCUUUAUAAAAGAGGUGUGGACCAGAGAAAGUACUGAGUGUUGCAACAUGCUCUGGGUUGCCUUUAUAUAAGAGGUGUGCAUCUUAGUGGGGACAAACAGCUCACGAAGACACUGACAUCUGCCACUGAUACAGGACGUCCAUUCAACAUACUAUUCUGAAGUUUCCUUCAAAGGCAAACAGACAUCUAUCACAACAACGAUGACUGCUGUAUCCAUCUACCCUGUGCUGCAGUCCAUCUUGCUGCUGGCUCUACUGGUUCCCGUGAUGGUGCAGUCCUCCCUGCAUCCAGUGGACUGUGAUGAGGUCUAUAGAUCAGGUUCUGGACAAAACGGGGUCUACACCAUCUACCCUGCAGGACCUACCUCACCUGUCCAGGUCUUCUGUGACAUGGGGUUUGAAAGUGCAUAUCUAGGAAAGUGGACGCUGAUUCAGAGCCGACAGGAUGGAUCAGUGAACUUCUACAGGAAGUGGGAUCAGUACAAGAGUGGUUUUGGGAGCGCAGCUGGAGAGUACUGGCUGGGGCUGGAGACAAUGCAUCUCAUGACUAUGAAAGGAACCUAUGAGCUGAGGGUGGACAUGGAGGACUUUGAGGGGAAUAAGGUCUAUGCUCAGUACUCUUCCUUCUCCGUUGGACCAGAGGCUGAAGGAUACCUGCUAACACUGGGCUCAUUCAAAGAUGGAGGAGCAGGAGAUUCUCUGGAUUUUCACAAUGGUCAGAAAUUUACAACGUUAGAUAAAGACCAGGACCUUAACGACGCCAACUGUGCCCAGGUGUACUACGGAGGAUUUUGGCACACCAACUGCCAUGCUACUAACCCCAAUGGGAUAUAUGCAUGGGGCGAGUCUACCUUUGGUAUUGGCAUCAACUGGAAAACAUGGAAAGGCUAUACAUACUCCCUGAAAGCCAUCACCAUGAAGAUCAGGCCAGCCCCAGCCCCUCAAUAAUUUCUAACACAAUUGUAAAAUCUGAUUUUUCAAUAACAAUUAUUGCCAUACAGACAUUUCCAGCACAUGCACAUAUUCCAUUUAUAAGGGAGAGGGGGGGUCUUUUUUUAAAGUAGGGUUUGUGUUUGGGUCUUCAGAGAUUAGAAGGUGCAGCAGGAUA